GUUCUUGCUUAAUCCCAAAAUGUUUGGAUUACAGACUAUUAUAGACACUUGGCCAUCACAAACCCUAACAAAUAAAAGACUCCAACAAUGACUCUAAUUAGGCCUAGCCACUACCAGGCGCAAGGCCCUCUCCAGAGCCCUCCUGGGCCUCCUCUGCGCGGCGCACAUCUCUGGCCCGCCUCCUUCUGGUGUAGGUUUGGCCCCACAUGACAGGUUAGCGCCGGCGGCGAACGGGCCCGGGGCAGGGAGCAGCACGGCCGUACAGUGAUUUAGCCGUCGGCAUUAAGCUAAUCCCGGCCGGUUAGUGGCUUCCAGGCAAGCCCGGCUUGCUUUCCACGGACACCAUCAUUCGACUGCUUCUGAUGCUCGCCAGUCCGCCACUAUAUUGUGCCAGCCAUCGAUCGCAUGCUUCGUCCAGGGAGGGAAGGGAAGGGAAGGGCGGGCGAGAUGGCCGUGCCGCUGCAGAGGUCGGCGCAGACCUUCCGGCGGUCGGGCUCGUCGGGGCUGGUCUGGGACGAGCGCUUCCUCACCGAGGGCGUCGAGGACGGCGGCGCGCGGGGAGCGGGACGCCGGCACCCAGAGCUCCGGCACUCGCGGAGCGUCGGCAGCGUGCUGCGGCGCGGCGAGGCAACAGAGCACGGGGACACGAAGCUGGUGCUCGCCGCCAAGCCGAGGCACAAUGACCAGCAGAAGAAGCGGCAGCAGGAGGAGGUGGUGGUGGUGCCUGCUGGCAGGGCGGCGUUCCGGACGAGGGACGUGGCCCCGGCCGCCGAGCCGCCGUCGCCGAGGCUGCCCGCCGGCUGCUGCGCCAUCUUCCGGGGCUCCGCCGGCGCCGGCACCGCCUCGCCGCUGGCGCGGCGCCUAGCCAAGACCCGGAAGCGCUAGGAGACGAGGUGUCAUCGAGUGGUUGUCUGGUGACCAGGACCAAUCGAUCGUGCGCGCAGCACGUUUCGAAUUGGAAUUGGAACUCUUGGGUUUUUUGAAUAAGUUUCAAAGGGAACAUUUCGGUUUGUCUGCGAAUUUCUGCUCGAAUAAACGGGUGCGCGGCACUGCUCUUGGUGGUCA